GUGGUGGAAUGGAUGAUUGUCAAAAAUUUGUUGUGUGGAAACUUAUCGUGGAAUUUGUUCAACUGAGCGAGUGGAAAAUUCCUUUAGAAUUGUUUUGCUUGUUUUGUAAGAAGAAGUGAUAACGCCUUGAUAACAAUGAACGGAACAACUGAAGGUGGAAGCAACUACGAAGACUUUCUCAAUCUGCAUGAGCCCCAACUGAGACAAUCAGGUGUUCCCCAAUAUUUCUGGCCCAGCCUCUGCAAUAAGCUGCACAACCAAAUUUUCGAUGCUGGUGAUUCUCUUUCGCUACUUUUGCUGGACUAUGGAGAUGAGGGGAGGCAGGAAAAUGAUCCAGUGUGGACGGUGGUUGUAUCCAGAGAAGGAGGCAUUGCAGCUAAUGAUGGGAAUUCGAUCUUCCUGGUGGAUCAUGCAUGGACAUUUCGCAUGGAUAAUGCGAAGAAGCAGCUGGAGGAGGUGCCACGACUGCUUAGCCGAAUGUGUGUAAUAAUGGGCGUGGAUGAGGACAAUGAGAGCUCCGAGGAGUGCGUGAGGAAGAUUAUGCGGAAACUCUGGAGGUACAAUUCAAUGUACUCCGUCAACGCCACCGGGAUUUCCAUUGAGAACCAAAUGCCCAUUUGGUACGUUAUGGAUGAGUUGGGCUCUGGGAUUCAGCACAGUGAUACCCCCAAUUUUCGCAUUGUACCUUUUCUCCACAUCACGGAGCAGGUGACUUACGGCAUUCUCUUCCCAGUGGCUGAUUGUGAGGAGGAUGAAAUCGUUACGAGGGAUUUCGUUGAGCAAUACAGGGCAGAUAAUGAGAUGAGAAGGAAUGCCCUACUACUACCAUGGAAGCAUACGGAUUUUCUGGGAGAAGACUACGUGCAGAAGGAACCGGAAAAGGAUUAUUUCCUAGCUGGGAGGGUACGUGAAGAGUCUCUUCCAGAGGCGAGCACAGAGAAUCCAGAGGUGGAUGCUAAUCAACCCCUGAAAGUUUAUGCUGACUAUUCUUUUGUCAAUAAAUACCUGACGGAUGAGGCAUUUGAAAUUGUGGACUCACCUGAUAAAGCGGACGUUUUAUGGCUCAGCAGUCAUUUUAAGGAUUACGCAGAGUUCAGCCGGCAGAAUCCCAAUAAGUUCAUCAAUCAGUUUCCAUAUGAAAAUGUUUUAACGGUCAAGGACCUCCUGAGUAUUGUCUGUCGUCGAGUUUCAUCUCAACAUUCAUAUGCCCAAACACUGGAAACCUUCCCCAAGUGGCUUCCUACAACGUACAAUCUAAACACAGAACUCAUCCAAUUUGCCAGCUACUUCCAGCAUCGUGAAGCUAGACAACUAAACAAUCACUGGAUUUGUAAGCCCUGGAAUUUGGCGCGUGGCCUUGAUAUGCACAUAACUAAUGAUAUUGGACACAUAAUGAGACUACCAGCGACGGGACCAAAGAUUGCCCAAAAGUACGUGGAGAAUCCUGUACUGUUUCAACGCGCUGAUCUCGAAGGGGCACAGGUGAAGUUUGAUGUGCGCUACGUAAUUCUAGUCAAGAGUGUUCAUCCACUCUCAGCAUUCGUCCAUCGUAACUUUUACUUACGCUUCGCUAAUCGUCCUUUCCACCUCAAUGCAGAUGGUUUUGAGUACGAGACUCAUUUCACAGUAAUGAAUUAUGCCGAUCCUGCUCGCCUGUAUCACUUGCCGUGCGCUGAAUUCUUGACAAAGUGGUCAGAACAGUACCCUGAGCACCCAUGGGAAGGUGUGGAGACGACAAUUUGUGAGAUGCUGAAGGAAAUGCUAAUGGGAGCUACGCAUAAAAUGCCACCGUGUGGAAUUGGUGCUAGUCCACAGAGUAGAGCACUCUAUGCUGCUGAUAUAAUGUUGAGCUGGGACGAAGGGAGGAUUCAACCCAAAUUACUAGAAGUUAACUGGAUGCCAGACUGCCAGAGAGCUUGCGAAUACUAUCCUGAUUUCUACAAUGAUGUCUUCAAAUUGCUGUUCCUCGAUCAAGAAAACUUCGACGUCUUCAGGUCUAUUAAUUAAUUUUUUAAAAAUUAAAGGAAACUUGAAGAUGUAAAAUUCUUUUUAUAAGAAUAAAGUAUGAAGAAUAA